GAGAACCCCAGCCGUCGUUUGUACAACCUUGAACCAGCAUGACCGUUGGUGCCGGCCCCUGAGCAUACCUUGUGACGGGUCCGAGUGACUGUGCUGGUGAAAACCAUAGACGAAAGAUCCGUCAUUGAGCAAUAAUCGCAUUGUUUGCUUGAUCAACUAAUACUCGAGUCCAAUCCGAUGACGAGCCACAGACCGUGCCAUGGCUUCUUCGCAACCCAACAUGGAGAGAUUCCUCCGCGACUGGCGCCAGGAUGCACUCAACAAGGCCCAGUAUGAGUCUGCCAUCUUCAUAGGUGACAAGUUGCUUGCAAUGACGAGAGACGACAACGACGCCUUUUGGCUGGCUCAAGUCCACUUCGCCGCUGGCAACUACACGAGGUCCCACGCCCUGCUUACAAAACACAACUUAAUCGGCUCAAACUCUUCGUGCCGCUACCUGGCUGCCCAUUGCCUGAUCCGCCAGAACCUGUUCAACGACGCCCUGGCCCUCCUGGGCGAACACACGCCCACCCACCUCUUCACGGCAAAUGCCAGGCGGAAAACAAGCAGGACAGGUGGUCGCGGAGGACCGGGGAGAGGAGGGUUGAAGGCACCCGAGCGACAGCGAGACCAGUUCAGCGAGGAGGAAUCGUCGGACCGACGUCACGAGGCGGCCAUGUGCUACCUGAGAGGGCUCUGCUACGCCAAGCAAAACGCCUUCGACAGGGCCAAGGAGGCUUACAAGGACGCGCUGCGCAUCGAUGUGCAGUGUUACGAGGCCUUCACGCAGCUGGUGCGCAACUCGCUCAUGUCGCCAGACGAAGAAGACGAGUUCAUGCUGUCGCUGGACUUUAACUCUGUGCGCGCCCCCAACGGCGGCGACGAUCCCGAUUUGAAGUCGGAGCCGGGCGACUACGUGCACAUGCUGUACCAAACCCAACUGUCCAAAUACCGCAACCCGCGCGCCUUUAACACGGCCAUCGAGUCCCUGUCUACGCACUACGGUCUCGAGCGCAACGCCGACAUCCUCUUGGCGCGCGCCGACAUGCUUUACACACAGUGCCGUUUCAAAGACGCCCUCGCCAUCACGGAUUCCAUCCUAGAAGAGGACAAGUACAACUUUGCCGCCUACCCGGUCCACCUUGCCUGCCUGUACGAGCUGGGCAAGACGAACGUCCUCUUUCUCAUCGCGCACGAGCUGGCCGACAGCCGGCCGGACGAGCCGUGCACGUGGCUCGCCGUGGGGAUCUACUACUUCGCGACGGGCAAGAUCGCCGAGGCGCGGCGGUACUUCUCCAAGGCGAGCAUGAUGGACGCCAACUUUGGGCCGGCGUGGAUCGGGUUUGCGCACACGUUUGCGGCCGAAGGGGAGCAUGACCAGGCCGUGACGGCCUAUUCGACGGCGGCGCGGCUGUUUACGGGCACGCACCUCCCGCAGGUGUUCCUGGGCAUGCAGAACCACGCCAUGAACAACAUGACGGCGGCCGAGGAGUUUCUCAAGACGGCCUACGCCCUCUGCCGCACCGACCCGCUGCUGCUCAACGAGAUGGGUGUCGUGCUCUACCACCAGGACCGGCUGCGCGACGCCGCAAAGUUCUUCCGCGAGGCCCUCCGCAUCGCCGACGACACCGACAGCGAUCCCCACGCCUGGCUCGGCGCCCGCACCAACCUGGCCCACGCCUACCGCCGCAUGCGCCUCCUGGACGAGGCGCUAGAAGAGUUUGAUGCCGUCCUGCGCGACGGCGGUAAAGACCCGGCUGUCGUUUGCGCCAAGGGCCUGAUCUAUCUCGAUAAGGGUCUUCCUGACGAGGCGGUUCGGUUGCUCCAUGAGGCCCUGGCGGUCAACCCGCAGGAUCCCAUCGCCACGGAGCUGCUGAAUAAGGCGCUGGAGGAGUCGGCCGCGGCCGAUGUUGGCGUCUUGAUGGCCCAGCUGAGCACCGGCGACCACCAGGAAGGGGACACGGGCGUGGACGAGGGAGAUGGUGGUGUGGGUGGAAAGGCCGACCUGGACAGGUUUGAGGCAGAAUUGAAUGAGAGGAAGGUCGCCGCCCGUGUGAGGAUGGAGAGGAGAACUACUAGAGGGAAACUCGCGGCGGAUAAGGGUAAGGGAGUCGCCAGAGGUAAUUCUACUGCUACUGCUGGCAGUGGUCGUAUUGGUGGGAGGCGGGGGAGGUACAUAGUCGAGGAGGAAGAGGAGGAAGGCAUGAUGGAGCUCAGUGACGAUGGCUGAAGUGGAAUGUGUGCGGUUGUGGGUGACGAGACUUUGGCGGCGCGAUAUGGAAUGGCUUUUUCUUUCCUCUGUGUCAGGCUAGGUUUCAUCUACAGGGCAUAGCGCGUUGUCCGCAGAGCGUGGGUACAAACAUUAGCAUGGCACAAAAGGCAUAGCAUAGCGACGGCGUAUUGGGUGUUUUAUUAUGGGU